GCCAUUAUCUUUUUGUAAUAUUCUCAGGUCUAUCCUCUCUGGAUCUGCCCUCAUCGUCUCUUCAAGGUCCCAAUGAAAACAAUGGUAUACCCUGAACCAGACUUCGAGCUCCACCAAAGGCAAGGAGACACAACCUACGCUCAAAUGUACACUGACAUUGGCAUUUGGUACGCUCCUGCUUCGGUCCUCAGAGGCGAGGAAUUCGACGGCACCGAAGCUAUUCGCCAAAUGGAAAUGUGGCUUAUCCAACAGCACGGGUUCCAAGCUCCAUAUGCGGUCUCUGAGCUCGCGGAGAAGAAUUUCUGGAGAAUGUUCGACGGCAGGCUCUAUGAGCAUUGUAGGAAGAAGUAUGGAGCUGUUGGGACUUUUAUGAGUGUUUAUUACAAGUCGAAGAAAGGGAAGAAGAGUGAGAAGGAGGUUCAAGAGGCUGAGGCAGCCGUUGUGGAGUCUGCAUAUGCUGAAGCAGAUUAGGUUUAUGUUUGAAUAAGAUUGUAGGGCUGCUGUUGCUUAAAUUGUUUGCUUGGCGAAACUUUAGGUUGUUUUCCGAGGUUUUAUUGUUCCUAGUAAUCAACUUUCCAAUGUUUGUGAUGGGUGGAUGCAUGGGGGAUUUGAUGAAGCGCUUAGGUUGAUCAUGUUCGUUAAUCUUCUUAUGAAAUGUUGUUUUCUUUCAUCAA